UGUUGUAUUUCCGCCGCAGCAGAGACAACGGGCACGUCAAAGGAGAAAAUGUGGACAGUUAGGACAAACUAAGGCCGGAGAACCGUCCGACGACAUUUAUCGUCUCAAUAUACCUCGGUUCCCCCGCGGUGUUCACCAUUUAAAGACCCUGACCGAAUAUUUGAACGUUAAGGGGACGUUUCGAGCUUAACUCGCCCUCUUCACUUUGUGGAGCUUCGCUUUGAGGAAGCAGCAGCAGCUCGGCUAGCCAGCUGAAUUAGCUAGCCUGUUAGAGAUGGGGACCAGAGCCAGUCGCCUACAAGAAGAGCCGGCUCCGUCUGCUUUCGGGAAAGAUGGCACGAAACGAGAGUCUUACCGGCGACCCCGUCUCACCCGGCCCACCAGUCUCAUGGUCGAUUUCUCCGGCAGCUUCGAGGACACGGAGGCCAACCGAAGCCGCUCGGAGGAAGGCAGCGACUCUGACCUCGGGCAGCUCGGGGCUAGCGCCGACGGCAGCCCCGCUGACCACCACAGCAUCCCGUCCAGCAUUAGUCAGGCGUCACCUGCGGGGAACAGCGAGGGGAAACCAGAGGAAGACGGGAACAUAAGUCCCGAGGCUCCAGUCGAAGCGGAACAUCAGCCCGGAGAGGAGACAGGCCGCACACCCCACCGCACCUUUUCCGAGCGGCUGCCCGGGAAUAGGCACUCCUCUGCCCGCAACGUUAGCGCAAGAUCCGCCCGGGUUCGGGGCACACACCAGCGGCCGGUGUCGGAGGCAUGGAUCGGCCUUUACCGUGUUAACAACCGUCAUGGCAAUAUCCGCUGUCCUUUCUGCUCUAAGCCUUUCCCCGGGGGUCGGAUUGAGGAUCACCUGUUGAGCUGCCUCACGUCUCCUCCACUACCUUACAACACGGACGUGCUCAGUAAAGACAGUGGAGAGUGUUCCAUCUGUCUGGAGGACCUGGUACAGGGAGAGACAAUCGCCAGGCUGGCUUGCCUCUGUGUCUACCAUAAGAGCUGCAUUGAUUCCUGGUCCAAGGUGAAGCCCUGCUGCCCUGAACAUCCCUUCGAUUGACUCACGGGUCGCAUGAUUUCUGCACAUUGACCAACCAGACUCAGGAGACUACACUGAAUUCUAACAAAAUCCCCCACAAAAAAAGAUGUGUUAUUGAAUAAACAAAAGCCUCCCUUUACCCAUAUUUGAGUGAAAACCAGAGGAUCCCACCAGGAAACUACGGUUCAUGACGCCCGGCUUCAUCAUUUGGAUUAGUCUGUCUGAACUUGGUCUAAACUAUUUCAAGCCAAACUCCAUCAACAACAACAAAAAAGAGAAAACAGUUGCUCAGUCUCUAGUCAAACCCUCGCUGGAUCAGAAGUGGAGGAGUUCACUUGUUUUUUGUUUUUUUUAUUUCUUGGAUUUUGCUUCAAUCCGCAGAAAAAAGAAGAAAAAAAAGCAUACACAUAUAUAAUAUAUAUGUCAACUCGAUAUUAUCAUGCCACCAUCAUUGAACCAGCCCCAGCAAGAUGUUGAACUUGUGGGAGGAACGUGGAAAAACGUUGUCUCGACUGUGACUCUUGGACGCACCUGUGUAAUUUUUUCCUCCCUCCAAAUGGGAUCAGUCAUUUUUAUCAAGUAUUUUGCAAAAAGAGUAUCGUUCCACAUCAUACUCGGGAUGAAUGUUUUCUUUCCGCGGCUCACCCCAAAUGACCCAACCUCACACUGAAAGCGUGAACUAUUAACCACAUGAACAUUGUUUUAUUUUGAACCAGCUGGAAGUUGAGGUCCUGUUUUCUUUUUGGUGAAUGGGGGACAGCCGUUACUUGGUGUUAUCUGUUUUCUAUUACCUGUAAACAUUUCAGGGGAUUUUUUGGGGGCUAAUUGUUUUGUUGUUUUUAUGUUUUCAGUAUAGGUCAGUUUCUCGUAGGUGGUUAGUACGUGCUGAGUCUCAUGUGCUGCUACUUGGUGAGUGUGUUGGAAGGUUGUAGGUAUUUCAUAGGGUCUCAUUAGUAGCACCAAUUUGAGCACUUUUGUUCAUCAAGUUUUUUUAACCCCAUAUAAGGUCUGGGUUUUGUGUGUGUGUGUGUGCUUGUAUUUGUUGCCUUGUAAGGACCUUUUCUGGCGACCAAAACCUGGUCCUAAUGGGGCAGAGCCUCAUUUAAUUUCAAAGUUAAAAUUUGGCAACAUUUGAAUUGUGGUUAGUUAAAAGGUUAAGGUUAGGCAUGAACUGGUUGAGGUUAUUAGGCUGUCCUAAUGAAGAAUAGCUGGCCAAACCUGUGUGUGAGUGAGUGCGUGCAUGCGUGCGUAUGUAUGGGAGUUAAGAUGAUGACCAGAGACAGGACAUGUCCUGCUCGUUUAUUCUAGAAAGCAUGGGAGUGUGGUUUUUACUGUAAACUGCCCAGAAGUCUGCUUGGUCAAGCGGGUUAAACUUUUUUUUUUUAAGAUUUUUUUUGUACCUCAGUCAAGCUAGCAAGCAUCGUGUUACAUCAUGUGGCAUUGGUACGACUUGUGCUGUCCCGUUCUGCCUCCGAAAGCUGUUGGUGAGAGUUUUCCAUCUCUUGGGUGUAGUCCAGAUUUUCUUUGUUUUUUUUGGACCAGUGCCCAAACUAUAGUUUUGCCAUCUAGUUGCAUUAAAGGUCCAGUGGGUAAGAAUAAGUAACAUUGAAUGGCGAGACUACAGAUUGCAAUAAAACAGACCUUUCUUCCACCUCUCUUUCCUAAGAAUGGGAACUAUUCUGGCCUUUGCAGACCUGAAAGAAUGUAAGAAGAUUCUCUACUCUCAGCUUUUUCCUAAUUCCUUUGUUGGUUUCGCAUUGGAUUUUUAAAGCCAUUCUUAUCUAUAUAUCUUCUUUAUUUUAUAUUGUAAGACUUGACUGCAAAACAUGAAAUGCACGUCCAUUGGUGCUGCUGUAGAAAGAUGGCAACUCCCGUAAAGCAAGACCCUUCCUUUUAGUAGGAAGUACAGAAAAGCCUAUUUUUAGAUGACGGAAAACCAAACAAUUUCUAUAUCAAAGCUGUCAUACCUUUUCGGCCAACUGACACAUGAACUGAAACGCCUCUCAUUCACUUUGAAUGGUGUCAAGCGUUGCCCAACUGCAUUGUGGGUCUGUAACUUUGAAUUGCUUGCGUUGUGUGCACCACAGCGUGAGCCAAGCAAAUCGCAUCAUGCGAAUAUCAGCAGUGCUCCCAGUCAUGCUGUUCUUGAGUGAAGAUGACAGGACGAGGCGCAUCUACCUGUUGCGGAUGUUGUUGGUUGGACAAAGUGAAGACAUCAAGUCAAGUGACUUGCUAUUUAGUUAGAGUUUCGAUCACUACGUCCAGUACCAAGCGUCAGGCCCUCCCACCAGCGCAGACGUGUGUCAUCAAAUUAAAAUGAACAUACUUAUGUGUAGUUUAUUCGAUUUCUGCCAAUAAGCCCUUACCAAUGUUACGUACUGGACCUUUAAUGCUGGACUGGGGAGGAAUACUGGGAGUGGACAGAUUGUAUUUUUGGGGACAUACUUGCACACCAUGUGGCAUCUGCCGCUUUGGACAGCUGAUGGUUAAUAAUUACAUAACGACCCCCCCCCCUCUUUUUUUUGAAAAGGAUUUGAGAUACUAUAUCAUGACAUAAUACGAUCAUAAUUAUUGCUAAAAUGUGUGAAAUGGCUUUUCCUUUGCCUUCCUUGUUUUUGUGUGUUUAUGUGUGUGGUUGCCUUUUUUGCCUGGCGGCGAUGGGGUUUCUUGUGCCAGCAGGUAUUUAUAGUGUAUUUACAGUAAGUGAGGCUGCGUCGCAGACGCUGUCUGAUAUAGAUUGUGCACACACGCGGGGGGGAGGGGGGUGGGGGAUCUGACAAAGAACAAAAACAUGAAAUGAUUGCUGCCGCUGCCUGAUCCAAAAGCCGAGUCUGUGAUUCUGGUCAGUGUAAAGGUUGGCGCAGUGCACAGCUGUUCAUUUCUCUCUUUAUUUUUGGAUCAUUGGUGUCCUCAGUCUGAGGUGCUAUGACUUAUACCACCACAAGAGAGCAGCAUCUCUCUCUGUGUCUCUUUCUGUCUCUCGCUGUCUUUUGUAUUGGAGACUAGAAAAACAAUGCCAAAAGUCUGUCUGUGUGCAUUUGUGUGAGAGUGCAGAGGAUGAGGUGAAUCGGAUCAUUCAAUGUUAAAUGUUGUACACUUUGACUGGGAGGGAAGUGUGUGUGUGUGUGUGCGUGUGUGUGGUGGUUUGGUUGUUGAUUUCAAAAGAUUAAAACAGACAAUCGGAAACCCCACGUUACAUAUACUUUCUUCCCCCUCUAAGCUGUGUGGUGCAAUACCUCAAUUUUUACCACUGCUAACUGAACGCUCUGUGUGUAAACGAUAGGUCCUUGCCAGUCAAGGACAGAGUUUUCUACUAAAAUGUCCCAAACGCCUUGGUUUUGAGUCACAGGCCAACGAUCCCCCUUUGUCUGCCCCUGUGCUUCAACGCCGACAACACAUUAGACGACAAUGUUCUUUUUUCAAAGAGCCACCACAGCAGUAUCUGCGCCCCCCUCCCCAAGAUAUGGACAAUCUGCCUUUACUCUGGUAUAAAAACAAAUUGAAUUUUAUUUAUUAAAUUGUAAAUAUGUAAUGCAAUUCAAGAAAAUGGCUUGGUCUUUGUCUGUUAAAUAUACUAUUUCUAAGCUCCAAUCUUUUGUAUGUCUCAGAAAUGGUUUUUAUAUGUAUUUUUUACAAUAAAUAUGUGUGAGAGA